AUAACCUAAUGUUGAUCACAACCCACUCGCCACAGUCUAUAUCUAACCCUGCUCACUCGCCUAACCGUCUCUACGCGUGACAAUUAGAGAUCGAUCCCCUCAAAAAAAAAUUAAGUCGCUAAAAUAAAUACAUACGACGAGAACUGAGCAGUCACGUGUCCCGUGACGGUUAGGCAUCACGUAUGUGUCAGAGUACAAAUGAUCUUCGUAUAAUAAUACAAAUGUCAGAUCCAUCCCCUUCUCACUUUCAUAAUAUUUUUCCCUUUCUAAAAUUUUUUUGCUGUUACAAAUUUACAAAUUCCAUUAAUAAUUUACCCAGUCUCAAGAUAGCCUUUUCAUUCUAUAUUCUAUUCUUACCGUCUAUCCUUUUUAUUACGUAACUUUUAUUAAAAUAUUCCAUGAAUAUUCCACCGAUACCAUUAUCAGCAAUAAAUCAUUUUGUUCAAAACAACUUGGUUAACAGGAUAACAAUUAAUAUUAAUAAUACUCAAUCAAGGAAUACAUUACAUCAUGGAAAACAUAUUGGGAAUAAAUUAAUUACACCGUUACCCGUAACAAUAAAUCGUAGAGAAAUGGGAUUUAUAAGGUCCAAGUCAACAAUUGAAAAAGCUUGCGGGAUUGUUACCUAUGAAAUUGAUGACAAGCGUAAGAAUAACUUACCAUUACUUCUUAUUGUGGGUUGGAGGAUAUCCAUCAUCGGAAAAAACAAAUGGUUUGUCUUUAUCGGCUGUGAAACAGAUCCGGAUUUUCCAGACGAAAGUUCUAUAAAUAAAUAUUUGAAAGAAAAUGGAAAUAAGGGCUCAGAUACUUUGGAAUUUGAUGAAUAUUCAAUGGUCAUUGACGGAUCGAUAUCUGAUGGGUAA